AUGUAUUUUCGUUUUCGAUAUUUCUCUCCGCAGCUUUCUAAUGUGGUCGUUAACUGCCUAAAUCCUUUCUUCAAAGUUGACUGUAAGUCAGGCAGGAUCCUGAAUACUGACGAUUUCAAGUAUUUGGCAAGGAAGGUGUGUGUUUCUCUCGCUGAACCUUUUAAUUCUUAAUUUAUUUUGUAGAAAUCAAGUCAGCGUUACUUGAGUCGGUAGUAUUUACAAAGUGAAUUAUAUCCAAUUUUGCAAGUCUGUGGGUGAAACUCUGGUUUAUAGCGUCCAAAUGAAAAAUACUGAAAACUGUUGCUCGCAUGGUAAUGUUUUACUGUGCUCAACAAGGUGUUCUAUCAGUCGCCGCAACAGAGUAUUAAGGGGGCUACAGAAAAGGAGGGAGUCAUUCGAAUACUGCAGAGCCUUAAGGGGGUCAGAUCAAUUUUAUUUCAAGUGUCUUCUUUCUGAAAUUAACUAUACUGACGAACGUUCUUUUCUUUCGCAGUUAACACACGGAAUCCUGAAUAAGGAGAUGAGCCACUUGAAAGAAGAUGACUCACUGCAGUGCAAUGACUGUCAAAAUCGAAACAAAAGAGUACAUUGA